GCCGCCUCAAUGGUUUCCCAACACGUAGCGGUCAUCGGCGCCGGAGCUGCCGGCCUUGUAGCUGCCCGCGAGCUCCACCGCGAGGGCCACAGGGUCGUUGUCUUCGAGAGGGGGUCCCGCGUGGGCGGCACCUGGGUCUACACGCCUGUCACCGAGCCGGACCCGCUCGGGAUAGACCCGUCCCGGCCCGUGGUCCACUCGAGCCUCUACAAGUCCCUGCGCACCAACCUGCCCCGCGAGGUGAUGGGGUUCGGGGACUACCCGUUCCUGCCGAGGGAAGAUGGGUCGGGCGACCCGAGGAGGUAUCCGGGUCACGAGGAGGUGCUGGCGUACCUGGAGGAUUUCACGAGGGAGUUUGGGCUUGAAGAAGUGGUGAAGUUCGAGAAGGAGAUUGCGGGGGUUAGGAAGGCGGAGGAGGAGGAGGGUGGAAAGUGGAAGGUGGCGUGGACGAUGAGGAAUGACGGCGGAGGCGGCGGCGGCAGAGAAGAGGAGGUUUUCGAUGCGGUGGUUGUUUGUAACGGGCAUUACACGGAGCCCCGAAUCGCGGAAAUCCCUGGCAUUGAUCUGUGGCCGGGGAAGCAAAUGCACAGCCACAACUAUCGAACACCCGAGCCAUUUCGGGAUCUCGUUGUUGUUUUGAUAGGGAGUGCUGCGAGUGCCGUGGACGUCUCUCGGGACAUUGCCAAGGUCGCCAGGGAAGUUCAUGUGGCAUCUAGGUCAUAUGAAUACGACACUCUUGGAAUGCAAUCCGGCCACGAUAAUAUAUGGCUUCAUCCCAUGAUCGAAAAGGCCCAUGAAGAUGGUAAAGUCACUUUCCUUGACGGGAGUUAUGUAGGAGCCGAUAUCAUUCUACAUUGCACUGGGUACAAAUAUCAUUUCCCUUUUCUUGAAACCAAUGGAAUUGUAUCCGUAGAUGACAAUCGUGUCGGACCAUUAUACAAGCAUGUAUUCCCACCACAUCUGGCGCCUUGGCUAUCAUUUGUAGGAUUGCCAUGGAAGGCUGUACCAUUUCCCCAGUUUGAACAUCAAAGCAAGUGGAUUGCUGGUGUUUUGUCUGGUAGAAUCUCUCUUCCAUCAGAGGAGGAGAUGAUGGAAGAUGUAAAAGAUUUGUACUCUGAACUCAAAGCUUUGGGCAUACCAAAGCGAUAUACUCAUAACUUAGCCAACUCUCAGUUUGAGUACAACGAUUGGCUCGCGGUACAGAGCGGAUCUCAACCGUCCGAGGAAUGGAGGAAGGAAAUGUUCUUAGAAAGUACAAGGAAGAUGCAAGCCCGACCCGAGGUGUACCGUGACGAGGAGAUUGACGAGACAUUGAUUUCACAAGCGCAUGAAGACUUUGCCAAAUUCCCUUCGCAUCGAUGAUCUUGAAGUU